CGUGCCAGCUCGGGCGACUUGCAACUCAAGGGACCGUGAGAUUCAGGUGGCUGCUGCAUAAGAGGGAAGCGCGAAGGUAGAAGCCGCCGCCCGUGUCCUGUCCAUUCCAAGACCAUCUCCGCUGCUGCAGUGCGGCCCUAUAGGAGCGUCCCGCCCCGCCGCUCCCCGGUAAAAUCAUGUUUGAAAUUAAGAAGAUCUGUUGCAUUGGAGCAGGUUAUGUUGGAGGACCCACAUGUAGUGUCAUUGCACACAUGUGCCCUGAAAUUAGGGUCACAGUUGUUGAUGUUAACGAAUCUAGAAUCAAUGCAUGGAAUUCGGCCACACUCCCAAUUUAUGAGCCAGGACUAAAAGAAGUGGUCGAAUCUUGUCGGGGAAAGAAUCUCUUUUUUUCUACGGAUAUUGAUGCCGCCAUCAAAGAGGCUGAUCUUGUGUUUAUUUCUGUUAAUACACCAACAAAAACUUAUGGAAUGGGAAAAGGUCGGGCAGCAGAUCUGAAGUAUAUUGAAGCUUGUGCUAGACGGAUUGUACAGAACUCAAAUGGAUACAAAAUUGUGACUGAGAAAAGCACUGUCCCAGUUAGAGCAGCAGAAAGUAUACGGAGGAUAUUUGAUGCAAACACAAAACCCAAUUUGAACUUGCAGGUGCUCUCCAACCCUGAAUUCUUAGCAGAGGGCACAGCAAUCAAGGACCUAAAGAACCCUGACCGGGUGCUAAUUGGUGGCGAUGAAACCCCAGAGGGACAGAAAGCUGUCCGUGCCCUGUCUGCUGUAUAUGAACACUGGGUCCCCAAAGAAAAGAUCCUCACAACCAAUACUUGGUCUUCAGAGCUUUCUAAAUUGGCAGCUAAUGCUUUUCUUGCACAGAGAAUCAGUAGCAUUAAUUCUAUUAGUGCCCUCUGUGAAGCAACAGGAGCUGAUGUAGAAGAGGUUGCAACAGCCAUUGGGAUGGACCAGAGAAUUGGAAAUAAGUUCCUGAAGGCCAGUGUUGGCUUUGGUGGGAGCUGUUUCCAGAAAGAUGUUUUAAAUUUGGUUUAUCUCUGUGAAGCUCUGAAUUUGCCUGAAGUAGCACGUUAUUGGCAACAGGUAAUAGACAUGAAUGACUACCAGAGAAGGAGGUUUGCAUCUCGGAUUAUUGAUAGUCUGUUUAAUACGGUUACUGAUAAGAAGAUAGCUAUUUUGGGAUUUGCAUUCAAAAAGGACACUGGAGACACAAGAGAAUCCUCUAGUAUCUACAUAAGCAAAUAUUUGAUGGAUGAAGGGGCACACCUCCAUAUUUAUGAUCCUAAAGUACCGAGGGAACAGAUAGUUGUAGAUCUCUCCCAUCCUGGUGUUUCAGAGGAUGACCAAGUGUCCCGAUUGGUGACCAUCACGAAGGACCCAUAUGAAGCAUGCGAUGGAGCCCAUGCUGUUGUCAUUUGUACUGAAUGGGAUGUGUUUAAGGAAUUGGAUUAUGAACGUAUUCAUAAAAAAAUGCUGAAACCAGCCUUUAUCUUUGAUGGUCGACGUGUCCUAGAUGACCUUCACAGUGAAUUGCAAACCAUUGGCUUCCAGAUUGAAACAAUUGGCAAGAAGGUAUCUUCAAAGAGAAUUCCAUAUGCGCCUUCUUCUGAAAUUCCAAAGUUUAGUCUACAGGACCCGCCAAACAAGAAGCCAAGAGUAUAAUAGCAUUAUCAUUUUUGUAUUUUAAGUAUAGAAGAAUCAUGAAUACCCAUAUUAUAUUAAAUAGUAACCAAUGACAUGUUUUUAAGGAAACAAAAGUUAUUUUUUUAGUGAUUUAAAUCAACUUUUUAAAAACUACAUGGCUGGCAUACCUAGUUAUCUUAAAUCUGGAAUCUAUUUUCUCUAUAUUUUUAUAAUAUUUUAUUAGUUGUUGAAUGAGCAAACAAAAUAAUCAUGAUGUUUUGAUGGUAUCAAUUUUUGUAAAAUCAAAGUUCAAGUAUCUUUUACUUUAAAAUAUGUUCAUAACUUGUGCUUCAAUUUUAUACCUUUCUAUGUUUUGUUCAUCAGUGUAUUUUUUAAAAAAUAAUUAAAUGUAUUUUGUUGGUGACUUUAAAGUCUUAUGUUAAAUACCAGAUUGACUCUUCUUCAGUUUGUCAGAAAAUGCCAUGAAGUGAUCCUAGUUGGGUGGGGUGUGGCUAUCAAUUUUGUCUGACAUAUGUUAAAUCAUGGACCUGUGAUCAAAUAGAAAUGUAGUAGAAUGGACCUUCUGGGCCCUUUGUGUUAUCAUCUUUAUAAAACUAGGACACAGGAUUUCUUGGUUCUUCUGAGUCCAUGCUCCAUGGUAAAUUUUCAAAGUGAAAAAUGGAUAAAACAUUCCUUAACACCUUAGUAAGUGGCAGAGGGGGAAGCACAUUGAGCGGUGAAUGACUUGUUCCAAAGAGAGAAACAGUCAUCUUCUCUUUGGCAAAUUAAAAUGUAUGAAGUCAGUCAUUCAUCUUAAUAGAAAAUAAAGAAACAGUGUGGUCUGCUUGUUUCUCCAUACUUAAUUUUUAUUGUUAAAAUUUUCUUUUAAAAAUAUAAACUUAAACACUAUUCCCCCCACCCAAAAGACCAUAUCCAGAUCCAUAGCAGAAUAUGAGGAUUGUACAUGAAACUGUGAACCUUAACUUCAAAAUACUUUCUUUUUAAAAUAUAUAUAUAUGUAUAUAAUAAAUUCCACACAUUUCUUUCAAAACUA